GAGAAAGUAUAGUGUGGUGAAAGUACUGUGAUGGGCCGGGACUUUCUCCUUCCUCCACUCCUUGACGACAAUCCUUAAAUAUCCUGUUCACAGUGUAAAGUUUCUCUUGUGUGCCUUUAGGCGUACUUGAUGUGUGGUAGUGAUCCUGAGGACAGAGGUUCGCACAUACCUGGUACUGUGAGUGGGGUGGGCAGCAGCAGCAGCAGGGAUGGCGGAGGCUCACUCAGCAGUUGCAUUCUCCUUUGCCAUCACCCAUGAAGGUGUUCAUGUCAAUUAUGACCGGGAAGUGCUGCAUGUCAUCUGGCACUCCGGUUUACGUUCAUGGCGCCGGAACAUCCACCGUUUUGUGAACAAUGUGCAAUGUGGUCUGUUCCCGGCCUCCAUCUCUUCUCUGGCUCUCACUGUGGGAGGCUACAAUGCCCUCUACCUUGCCCGGGACCAAUAUGUCUCUGGAUUUGACAUCUCCCUUGGUCUAAUGGAUAAACUUAAGCACCAUGUAAAGUUAGAGGAACCAGCCCAAAGUGUGGCUUGCUGCUCCAUCAUUGCAUGUGGCUGCUGGUUUGGUGCUAUUAUGUUCAUGAAGUACUCCCUAAGACUACUCUAUAUGUACAAAGGAUGGAUGUAUGAGAGUCGUGGACGUGGUGGUAAGAUGAGCAUUGCUACAAAACUUUGGAUCCUGGCUGUUAAAUUGCUCACGAAGUUCUCUCGGCCCAUGUUAUACUCCUAUCAAGGAUCCCUGCCCCGAUUGCCACUACCAUCCCUCUCCCUCACUAUGUCCAGGUACCUGCGCAGUGUGCGGCCGCUAAUGGAUGAUGACAACUAUGUUCGCAUGCAGGGUUUGGCAAAGGACUUCCAGGCUGGUAUCGGCAAAAAGUUGCAGAGGUACUUGGUGCUGAAGUCUUGGUGGUCCACCAAUUAUGUAACAGAUUGGUGGGAAGAGUUUGUAUAUCUACGAGGAAGGUCUCCCAUCAUGGUCAAUUCAAACUUCUAUGGCACAGAUGCUAUCCUGCUGCACCCCACUCACCUUCAGGCAGCUAGGGCAGCUAACGUGACACAUGCUGCCUUCCUUUUCCGUCGCCUUGUAGACAGGCAGCAGCUUCAGCCGAUAAUGGCUCAAAACAUGGUUCCACUAUGCUCAUACCAGUAUGAGCGGACCUUCAACACCACUCGCAUACCUGGGGUGCAGACAGAUAAAAUUGUACAUUUCAGUGAUUCCACACACAUCAUUGUGUACCAUGCUGGCCGCUUCUUCAAGAUGCCUUGCUAUUACAAGGGUCGGCUGCUGAACCCCAAGGAACUCCAGAUGCAGUUCGACAGGAUUUUAGCUGAUGAAAGUGUCCCAGAAAAGGGAGAAGCCACCCUUGGAGCUCUGACUGCAGGAGAGCGCACACCCUGGGCUGAGGCACGCACCAAGUUCUUCAACAAAGGUGUCAACUAUAGCUCACUGAAGGACAUUGAAAAGUCAGCCUUUGUGGUGGUGCUGGAGGAGGAUGAGUAUGACUACAGCCCUGAUGAUCCCACACAACUGGACCGCUUUGGACGUGCCAUGCUGCAUGGCAAGGGAUAUGACCGCUGGUAUGAUAAGUCCUUCAACGUUAUUGUCAUGAAAAAUGGACGGAUUGGGUUUAAUGCAGAACAUAGCUGGGCUGAUGCAGCCAUCAUGUCUCACCUCUGGGAAUAUGUUCUUACUGAGGACCUCAUAGCACUAGGAAAAUAUGAUGAUGACGGUAAUUGUGUGGGCAAAGUAACCUGUAACCCUCCAGUACCAAGCCGUUUGAAGUGGGAGCUGAACCAAGAGUGUCUGCAGGCCAUUGACACCUCCUUCAGGGUUGCAGAUGCCCUCCUGAAUGAUGUUGACCUGCGCCUAUACAUGCACACAGCUUAUGGCAAGGGCUUCAUGAAGGGGUGUCGCCUCUCACCAGAUGCCUACACUCAAAUGGCUCUCCAGCUGGCCUACUAUCGGGAUGCUGGGAAAUUCAACCUGACCUACGAAGCAAGCAUGACGCGUCUUUUCCGUGAUGGCCGCACUGAGACUGUUCGUCCCUGUACUAUUGAGUCAUGUGCUUGGGUGAAGGCUAUGGAGGACAAGGCCAUCCCAAAUACAACUCGUGUGGAGCUCCUGAAGACGGCUUGCAAUCAGCAUCAGACCGGCUAUCGUGAUGCAAUGUGUGGCAAGGGUAUUGACCGUCACCUCUUUUGCCUUUAUGUUGUCUCCAAGUACCUGGAGGUAGACAGCCCCUUCCUUAAUGAGGUGCUGUCAGAGCCAUGGCGCCUCAGCACAUCACAGACCCCCCAUGGUCAGACCAGCAAGAUGGACCUUGUCAAGAACCCCAAGUGCAUCAGUGCUGGUGGAGGCUUUGGUCCUGUAGCAGACGAUGGUUAUGGAGUGUCAUACAUCAUUGCUGGGGAAGACACCAUUUUCUUCCACGUGUCAAGCAAGAAGAGCUCUCCUGUCACAGACUCGAAGAGAUUUGCCCGUCAGAUAGAGAAGGCACUCAGUGACAUGAAGAAUCUCUUUGAAGCAGUAGGCAAGAAAUAAUGACAACACAAAGUUAGAACUGACUUGUUGUGGACCUUGUGAAGAAUUUGGGGCUGCUUGACUUUGACAACCACUCAAGUCUCAGAUUAAGUUCAUAAGUUUAUAUGAUAGGGAGAUGUUACAUAUGUUUUUGUGGUUGUGUAGGGAGGAUUGAGUCCUCUCCUGAUCAAUUUUAAUGCCUAUCUCCACUCUUUAUGAUUUAAAUUUCCAUGUAUCCUGUGGUUUAAAAAAAAAAACCUAAGGCUUAAUGAAUUUCAGAGUAAAAUACUGAUAUUCAGAAUUUUAUGUGAGUGAUGGUGGAGCAGCUUAAUUUGCUAUUCCCAUGUGUUUUGACUACACAGGAUAGUGGUUUUAACUUUGAUUUUUUUAUUAUUAUUUUUAUUAUUAUUAUUUUAUUUUAUUCUUUUUACAGGGUAAAAUCCUUAUUUUUAUUUGUCCCUUGUGAGCAGUUAUGACCCAGCUGGUGGCUGUCACACUGUACACUCCUGUCUCUCAGCAUAUGCUGCACUGCAUUGAGGAGGGAUAAGUGCAGUCAUAAGAAAUCUCUGAUUUACUACCUAUAUUAUUUUUAACUCUGAUUAUCAUAUCUUUCCUGCACAUGCAGCAAACAUACAUGCAUUCCUACACUUACACAAUUAUUACAUGAUCCAUUACUGUGUGGCAGGAAGGCAUAUGUAGUGAAGCUUUAUAGGAGUCAUAUGAUAUAGAGUAUAUAUACAUUUAUAAUUCAGAUCUUUAUAUUUCUCUGUUUUUAAUGUUGUUUAUUUUGAGAGUCUACUGAAUAAGGUUCAAAGAAAGGAAAAGGUGUAGGAUGUGUCUUUAACUUUGAUGCUGUAUCAUGAAACCAGCAUCAUCAACUCAUCAGCAGUCAAUUCUCUGACAAAUAUUGAUGUAGAAUAGGUGUUGAAAAUUGGGAUUUGGUCUAUUUAAAUGUAAGAUUAAGAUUUGGGAAAUUUUUUGUGAAUUUUUUCACAUGAUAUUGGAAAAAUAAGUACAACUUGUUGAUACAGAGAACUUAACUUUAAAGAAGUGUGUCCCCUGCAAUGCCACUGUUUUUGUUACAAUAUGGGUAGCUUUCACAAAUAGAUGAAUUGCUUAAGUGUUAUGACUUGUGUUUUCUAUUACUGUAGGUAAUUUACUUGCACCUGAGAGCAGCAUCCCUCAGUGUUAGCAGGUAGGCAUUUCUGGUGAUGUGUGUGUGUGUGUGUGUGUGUGUGUGUGUGUGUGUGUGUGUGUGUGUGUGUGUGUGUGUGUGUGUGUGUGUGUGUGUGUGUGUGUGUGUGUGUGUGUCUGGAAAAAGGGAGUUGUUGACCAACAUUUGGCUAAUUCUCCACAUGGAGAUAACAAUAUGGAGUUAUGACUAUAAAAAAUAAAGUGCUCCUCUUUACAAUGGAAGUUCAUACAUAUGAAGAAACUUGCAAAAAUGUAUGAUAUUAACCUUUAUCCAGACAGUGUAGGGUAUAGAUUUUCUUAUUUUCAUUUGAAAGAAUAUGAAAUGUUUUUAUAAACUAAAUUAUUAAUGAAAUGGUUAUAGUUGAAUGGUUGUAGUGGUGAAUAUUCAAAACUUUUAUAGGAGAAUGAAACAGAAGAGGUAGAGGAGUUGCAAAAAAAUAGCUGAAGGGAUAAUAGAGAGGCUGCUGGUGAUAUAUGGAAAAAAUGGAUAUAUUUGAUUAUUUUAAAAUUAGUAUAACAGCAUUGAUUCUUAAGUGUCCAGAAUUCAUAGAGACAAACAACAUAUCUAUGUAUUUCUCAUUUCUUUUCAUCAUCUUCAUGUGGAUCUCAAAGUUGGAUCUGAUUAAUUUGUUGGUAAUUUAAAAUCAUCUGUCAAAUAACUCCACUCAUAAUAUUCUGUAUCAUAAGUAUUGUUCUAACACUGGAAUGGUGAGAUCUUGUGUAAUAGGUUAGAAUACACUUGCAAGUUUUGUUUUGUUGCCAGGCAUUGUUACAUGUCAGUGUGGGGAAUGAAGGUAUAUUUUGAAGGCUGCAGAAAAAGAAUGGACAGGUGUUUGAUUGCAUAAGAUUUGUUGUACAUAUAAGUUUUGGUUUGACUUCCUGUGUCCUUGACUUUAUAGAUUUUCUUUGUGAUUUUUCAAUGGAACCUCGUGGUGACAAUCAAACUCAGAGGCAAUGAUCCUUAUGUUUGGAGUGUGAACUACAUUAUUUUGCAACUGCUGAAAUUCUGGACACAUUUUGAACGAGUUUUGUAUAACUUUAUUGAUUGUAGAUAAUUAAGGACAUGGUUUAAGGCAGCAGAAAUGUUUUGUAGCCUUUUAGAGAUCCUAACGUCAAGUGAAACAUUGAGAUCUACAUCAAUUAAUAUUUCAGUUCACCUAUCAGAUGUGUACUUACUUCAGUUUUCAGCUUGUCAUGACCAGUGGGUUACCAGAUCAACAAGCAGCGUGGUACACAGUUUGUGUAGAUGAUACAUUUAUGAAAACCAAGACAAAUGCAUUUAUUGAAGUAGAGAAGGAUCUUUUCAGCUUUUGUUGUCAGUCAGUAAAGUAUUUUUUGAAACUUGUUUGUAAUUGAAAAGAUCACAGCACAUCUUACCUGUAGUGGAAGCCGGCUUGUGAAGGGAGCCCUGUUCUGAAUCGAAAAUCCGAGCCAAACCUAUCAUGAGCAUGGGUCACUCCCGCACAACUGGAAGCUUGACAUCAUCCUGCCCAUUUUGUGACACAAAUGGUACUUUGCUAUUUUCAUAUGUGCACUUUUAUUUUAAUUUUAGUAGAGGAAAUCUUAUUGUAUAUUUUUGUUAGUUACAGAAACUUUUAAUGUUACAUAUGCCCAAUUCAGGUAUUCUCACCAGGUGCCUCAAUAUCAAUGCAAUUAUUCCUUAAUGAACAAUGCAAUCUUGUGUAGUACCACUUUUACAGUAGUGAUGUGUUCAUAGUAUUUUAGGCACUAGUGUACUACAUAUAAGUAAUAAAUGGCUAAAAUGCA